CAGUUUCUAUGGUAGUAUAACACUUUCUGGGCAAGCGUUUGACGCAGAAAAAACAUCACAAGCCUAUACAACUAUAUUUAUGAAAGUACAAGAACAUUUUAAGAAAUGCUUUAGCGAAACACAAGGCUAUUUAGGAACAGUCAUUAAUAAAAUAAGUACAACAAGCAAUCGAAAUGUACAAUUGGUAGUCAGCCUAGUUAAUUUAUUUGAACCAAAUUCAGUAAAGGAGGAAGAAGUAAUUAAAAUAAUAUCUGCAAAUGGCAUUGAAGGUCAAAUAGGAGCAUAUGAAAGAAAGACUGUCUGUGAUGGUUUUUACUGUGAUACGGAGACAACAACUUGUAAAGCCAUUAACAAUGUGAACCCCCCUAAGUGUACGUGCAAGGAAGGACGAUAUUCUUAUACAGCGACCUAUACUUCCUGCAGAGCUUGUGACCCCAACUGCAUUGGUGCAGACAAGCACUGUGUUCAGGCACUUCCCAGUAGUAUCCCAGAGUGUAAGUGCCAGCCAGGAUACAAACUUGACUCUAAUACCUGUAAAGUAUGUUCAUUUGGAUUCUCAGGAGAGGAAUGUAGUGACAAUUAUUUGCUUAUCCUGGUAAUCAUUGCAGCAGUGGGUGGAACAUUAAUUCUUUUUUCUAUUGGAACAAUUAUUGGACUUUCAAUCAGGAGGAAGAAAAAUAAAAGUGAUAGUGAGAGGACUCAGUUAAUUAAUAAGGAGAUCAAUGAAAGAGGCCCUGCCACUGGUGGUCUGUUUCCCAAAGUGCAUGCCAAAGUAGAUCAGGGUCAUGUGAACAGAGCGGUCAACCCAUAUGAAAUCACAGACGAAUACUCCCGCAAAACUCCCAAACGUGAUUAUGAUGAGGACCCCUGGUAUGAAAUGUCAAAGAAGGACAGAGACUAAUGAGAUUUGGUGCCUGAAGGAAGUUUACACAAAGC